UGUUCAAAAACUAUCUGGAGUUGUCAAGGCUUCGGCGGACAGGGGCGAAAAGUAUAGUUUGUUGAUGCUUUUACGGAGAAGCGACGGGGAGAAGUUUGUGGACACAACAUAGCAGGGACCUAUUGGGAGAAGGCUCUCUCUCUCUCACACUCGCACACACACGCUCACACACACACUCACUGAGAGGGGGAGAGAGUGAGAGUGUGUGGAGACUCGGUUUGGUGCUGCUUGUUGUGUUUUUUUCCCUCCCAGUGAAAAGUUGCAGAGAAAAUCGACAGGUAACUUCAGCAGCGGCGGCAGCAGCGCUGUUCUCCUCCUGUCCUACCUCUGGUUUGUGGAGUUGUCUCUGUGUUUUUUCCUCUUCUGCCUGGGAGCUCCAACUAAAAGCUGUUCCUGAUGUAUAACAUGAUGGAGACUGAACUGAAGCCCCCCGCUCCCCAGACCAACACGGGGGGCACGGGCAACACCAACACGUCCGGCACCGGCACCAACCAGAAAAACAGCCCGGACCGGGUCAAGAGACCCAUGAACGCCUUCAUGGUGUGGUCCAGGGGCCAGAGGAGGAAGAUGGCGCAAGAAAACCCCAAAAUGCACAACUCGGAGAUUAGCAAGCGACUGGGCGCCGAGUGGAAACUUCUGUCGGAGAGCGAGAAGAGACCUUUCAUCGACGAAGCCAAGAGGCUGCGGGCCCUGCACAUGAAGGAGCACCCGGAUUACAAAUACCGGCCCCGGCGGAAAACCAAGACCCUUAUGAAGAAGGACAAGUAUACCCUUCCAGGCGGGCUGUUGGCCCCGGGAGGGAACGGGAUGGGAGCCGGGGUCGGGGUAGGGGUGGGAGCCGGACUGGGCGGUGGGGUGAACCAGCGGAUGGACAGCUACGCUGCGCACAUGAAUGGCUGGACCAACGGGGGCUACGGCAUGAUGCAGGACCAGCUGAGCUACCAGCACCCGGGGCUGAACGCGCACAACCCGGGCCAGAUGCAGUCCAUGCACCGCUAUGACAUGAGCGCCCUGCAGUACAACACCAUGACCAGCUCUCAGAGCUACAUGAACGGCUCGCCCACCUACUCCAUGUCCUAUUCCCAGCAAACCACGCCGGGCAUGACCGCUCUGGGUUCCAUGGGGCCCUCCUCGGUGGUGAAGUCCGAGUCCAGCAGCUCCAGCCCGCCCGUUGUCACCUCGUCGUCCCACCGGGCCGCCCCGGGCUGCCAAAGCGGGGAUCUGAGGGACAUGAUCAGCAUGUACCUGCCCGGGGCGGAGGUGAGCGAGCAGACCGCUCAGACCAGGCUACACAUGUCCGGGCACUACCAGAGCACCGUGCCCGGGACGACGAUCAACGGCACGCUGCCGUUAACACACAUGUAAGAGACACAGCAAAAAA